ACCGGCAUAACUUACAUGGGUAGAGGAACUACUAGAAUAACGAAGCUUCCUCAAACACCGAGGAUACCUAUUAGUAUCCAGACAGACCCCAGCGAACUGGAUCUACGUUUCGGUCAGCAUUAUUGGCCAAUUUUUCUGCUGAAGCGUGGACUGAACGUUUGCUGGGAGAUUUUGGCAGAUGUACAACACGGAAGCCCGUCAUUACUGAGAGUUGAUCAUGACAUGAUGGACCCUACAGUUGCUGAUUUGGUUGAGCGAUGGGAUACACUGUACAAGGAGGGCCGGUUCUCAGCUCUCAAUGUCAGAGAAUACUGGCGUCUAAAAGUCCCAGAAAUAUAUUCUCCACAGCCAAACUGUAACUGUCUAAGGAUAAUUUUUGAUGAGGAAUUAGCACAAAAAAUGUUGUUUGAUCCUCUGGAGAGAUUUAUGUGUGGAGGUGACCCAGCACAGAUCUACCAGAUGGUCAAGCAAUUAGAUAAUCCACCAUCACUAUGUGGUAGAGUUUUUAAAAAUGGAGACCCAACUUAUGGUUGCCGGGACUGUGGCAUGGAUCCCACGUGUGUUCUGUGUGCUGACUGCUUUAAAAAUUCUGCACAUAGUAAACAUAGGUACAAAAUCAGCACAUCAUCUGGAGGCGGCUAUUGUGACUGUGGUGACAGGGAAGCUUGGAAAACUGAUGUAUUCUGUGAUAUUCAUGUUAAGGGGCAAAUGGUACAACACUCUCAAAACCCAUUAGAAAAAAUACCUACAGAUUUGACUGAAAGGAUUCAUUUAAUAUUUGAUUGUAUCCUGCCCUAUGCCAAGGAGCUGCUUACAUACGAAGAAGGAUUUUCCAUCCCUAAGGAUUUGGAAAUUCGUGAAUCAGACCGUGAACCUACAAAUUUAUCCAGUCUUUAUGACAUUAAAGAUACAUAUGUCACUAUGCUAUACAAUGAUGAGACACAUACUUAUGACCAGGUAAUUAAUACACUGGAACGAGCUAUUGAGUGUUCACAAAAGGAUGCAGUGGCAUUUGCAACUAGUAUAGAUAGAGAAGGUCGUUGUAUUGUGAGGUGCUCUUCUUUCCAGCAGUGUUCCCAGACUAAGAACCUUAUGGAAAAGCAAACUUCUCGUGGUGGUGGACGACCACUUAAAGUUCAGGUGAUGCAGACAUACAUCAUUGCACAUCAGAUGUUUGCAUCAAGGUUGUUAACCUGGCUUCAUAACAUCUUGGAGUCUGCUCAAGCAUUCAGACUAAUUUUCAGUGAUAUUGUGAACAAGGAUGGUGGUAGCAUAGUGGAGAACAUCAUCUGGACAGAUACCAAGAUGUGGAAAACAGCUAGAGUACAAUGGCACAGAUUAUUUAUCUCUGGAAUGCUUAUGGACCAGGAAAGCAAGAAAAUGUUUGCUAGGACUUUCACAAAGCACUACAGCAAAAUGAUGAAAGAUUUCAUUUUGGAUGACCAUGACCAUGCGGUGUCUGUUGCCUCACUGGGUGUCCAGUUGUUCACGAUGCCUACAAUUGCUCACAUGUUAGUCUCAGAGGAGGAUGUUCUAGCUCGUCUUCUCAACACUUUCCUCUCAGAGUGUGAAAAGAAGCUCAGAGACAAUAAGCUGGCCCUUGAACACCGCAGCUCAAACACGUCAUCUUUCCGUCGUAUCCAGUAUAUUCUGUAUGACCUCAAGUACUUGUUAGGGGUGAAGCCAGAGGCUUGGACAGACAGUCUCCGCCGAGGGUUUCUCCAUGGGUACAAUCUCCUUCUCCGCCUUCUUGGCAUGAUGCAGGGCAUGGAUCCUAUGGUCCGACAAGUGGGCACACACAUGGAGUAUGAGCCAGAGUGGGAAUCUGCAUUCAACCUUCAUAUCAAGUUGGCAGCUGUCAUACCACUUGUGAUUGAGUGGGCUGCAUCAGAUCGUAUUGUCCUCAUCAAAUCAUAUAGGUUAUUAAUGAAGUCUCUUGGAGACUUGGGUACAGAAGCAACACGGAGAAGAUACGUUCGGGAAUUGUUAGAUUAUUCUGUAUCCUGUAUUGAGUAUGAUGUCUCCUCAGCACCAGUGUCAAUCCAUCUCCCACUCUCUCGCUUGGUAGCAGGUCUGACACUUCAUCUUGAUAAAUAUGGCCUUAACUACAAUUCUCCUGAAUUUUUAGUGAAAGGCAAGCCAUCUCCUGAGGAACUGAUGGAACCAGUUCUCAGAACACAAGUCAUGAUUGCUCAGGUUCAUGCUGGGAUGUGGCGACGUAAUGGCUUCUCCCUCAUCAACCAGAUAUAUUUCUACCAUAAUGUACGAUGUAGACAAGAGAUGCUAGAUCGUGAUGUGAUGCUCUUACAGAUAGCUGCUACUCUUAUAGACUCUAACGAGUUUCUGGUGCAUCUCAUGAACAGAUUCAACUUAAUGAGCUGGGCAAGAGAAGAUUAUGAAAUAAACUAUUUAAAGGGUAAUGAUGAAGAUAACAUGAGACAAACUGUAGUGCUUGUGGAGGAGUACCUGCAGUUGGUAAUGACACUGGUGGCAGAACGAUACACUCCAGGCAUUGGCCAUAUUGAGGAAGAGGAUAAAAUUAAGAAAGAAAUCAUUCAACUCCUUUGUAUUGAACCUAUGCCACACUCUGUUCUAAAUAAGGCUCUUCCUGAAGGAACCAAUCAUGAGACUGGCAUGGAAAAGGUUAUUGAUGAAGUUGCAGAUUUCAAGAAGUCAUCUGGUGCUACAAAAGGCUAUUUUGAACUUAAGAAAUCCUACUACUCUCACUACAACCUCUUCUUUUACCACUACACCCGAGAAGAACAGAGCAAGUCAGAAGUUGGGCAACGUGCAAGAAAGAAGGCAGCAGGUGAAGAGGAGUGCUGUCCACCUCCAGUCCCUCCACCCUUCACAGUACCAUUUACCAUGAUAGUGAAUAUUCUUCAGUGUGAUGUGUUCCUUCACAUUAUCAAAACUGUUCUCAAGAGGAUGAGCGAAACGAAAACUCAGAGUGUGAGUGAGUCGCAGCUACAGAAGGUCCUCCACUUGAUUGGCUAUGCCCUGCAUGAGGAGGAACGAUACCACCACAACAAUGAUCCCUAUUUCCACUUCACACGUCGUGCCCAAAAAAUUAAUCUGUUGUCCCUGCUUGAGGGUUUAGUGGGACAUAACCGAACAUCAACACACAAAGAUCUCCUGGCUUGGACCAUUAGAAAGUACUACCAUUCUGCUGCUGCUGCUGUAGCAUCGUCUGCUGCUGCUGUAGCAUCGUCUGCUGCUGCUGUAGCAUCGUCUGCUGCUGCUGUAGCACUGUCAGCUGCUGCUGCUAAGAAACGGAGAGCUGAUAUUGCAGCCCAAAGGAAAGCUCGCAUUAUGGCCAAGAUGGCAUCCAUGCAACAAAAUUUCAUUAAAACAAAUGAAACAUUUUUCCAGGAAACUCCUUCAACAGAACAGACAUUAGACAUUCUAGAAUCCACGCCCAUGGAAAUUAGCGAACAGUUGCCUGAGGAUAUGAUUGCUAUUGGACCACGCCAGACAUUAAGAGCCCCUCAGGAAAUAACGUACACAUGCAUCCUUUGCCACCAAGAAGAUGUUGUUUGUGGAGGAGAUGGAAGUACAGGAAGGCCAAUGGUUCUUGGUGCUCUUAUUCAGAGAUCUACAGUGCUAUCUCGCAAUAGAACCCGGCAUUUGGACCAGCCAGAAAAUCAUGACCCUUUGCUGUUGCCAGCAGAUUUACAUUGGGGUGCACACACUUCUUCUUGUGGACAUGCUAUGCAUGCACAAUGUUGGCAGAAGUAUUUUGACGAUGUACUUACCAAAGAGAGGCGGAGACCCUAUCGUUUCCGUCAAAAUCUGAGCUUCGACAUAGAGAAGCUAGAGUAUUUGUGUCCACUGUGUGAGGCCCUGUGCAACACUGCCUUGCCAUUGCUGCCGAGUGUCACAAGCACUGCAGCUAGCCUUCAAAAUCAAGACUCUGCUUCCCCUCUUCCCUCCAUCUCUAUCUCUGACUGGCUUAAGGGCCUCCACACUAUCCUCAAGUACAAGACUGUUGUGGUAUCUGGAACACGGCCUGAUGAGGAAGGUAAUCAACAUGACGGGCAGAUGGAAACGGCUCCACUGCUAGGUGCAGUGCCAACAUCUGGUGCAGUGGUUGCCCAUGGUACUGUCAGUGUGCCAGCAAUAGCCAACCCCAUGGGUGCUGGGGGUAGUACCUCCAUUUUAGUUGUUGGUGGAGGGGUUUCCGCAAAUGUGGGGACAGCCGCAUUACUGAGGCAGAUACCAGGGGAAGGGGGGCAGAGAGGUAGGCCGCCACGCUGGUCCAAACUGCCACUCUACAAGAGACACAAGAAGAGUGGUGAUGGCAAGGAGGAGGAGGAAGACAACAGCAGUUGUAGCGAGGGUACCUGGAUGCCUCCGUCUCUCCCUACAGUAGCAGUUGAACUAAUAUCGGUAACCUCUCCUCAAUCUGCGGAGGCCUUCAGUGUUCUCUUCAACAAUCCUGCAGCUACUACAAUUCCUACCUUCGUUAGCCACACUUCAGAAAUGAUGUCCAACUUUGCUCAUGCUGUUUAUACGAAUGGCUUAGGAGUGAAUCCCAAUGCAUCAAGUAGACGUAUUCCCUUAAUGGUGUGGGACAGUGCGGCGUACACUAUCCACACAUUGGAAGAGACACAGCGUAAUGCCAAUCGUGCCCUCCUUACAUCAUUAUCAGCUCGGCAAAGAGAUUGCCUUGCUGCUCUUGUUAAGUUUGCAGCAUAUGUUCCAUCUUGUGUAAAGAAGAAACAGGUCAUCGAAAGUGCCAUUGUUCGUCUGUUAAGUAUCCUGCUUGAAGGAGGAGAAACUACCCCAGCUGUUUUAGAAUGGGACACCUUUAGUAUGCUGGUAACACUCAGCCUUGGACUUCCAUCAAUUUUUCCUAAUAUUCAAGGAAAAGCUACUGGUAGUCAACAGGAUCUUCACCUUUUACAAGUAUGCUUCCUGGCUCACCUUGUGCAACUCCUUUUGACCUAUGAGGGACGGAACAGCAGCUUAGAAAUGGAGGUUGUCAGUGAUAUGAAUGAGCAAAGUGAUGAGAGCAGUUGCAGUAGCAGUAGUGAUGCUGCUUGGCUUGUAUCUAUAUUGGCACACUGCAGAGAACUUGCAAACCUGCCACCAAUUACUGUUGAAGAUCAGCAUCUUUUAAGUUACGUUAAAGAAAGCUGCUUGCCAUUUUUAAGGUGCUGUGGUCUGUUCUUCCACUUUCUGACUGAAGUUCCUGCUCCAGAAGAGCUUCAGUCCUCAGUCUGGGUACCCGAAUCUGAGUUUUACUGUCUUCUUCGCUAUCUGGGCUUGGCAAUGAACCAGCUCAGACCCACAUUUAGUUCUCCAGCACUUUCAGAGCUAGUCAACAGAUGGUGUUGUGAUAGUCGUGUAGGGGCAUUGGUUGGUGGUGCUGGUAGUAAAGGAUGUGUGAAAUCUUGGGUUCGUAUUAAUCAGCUUGUAAGGCUCCCACAUGAUUAUUCUGAGCUGAUUAAUACUGUGUCACAAUUCCCAUGCCCAGCGUCUUCUGGGGAUGACUCUCGAACGCCCACGAUGUGUCUUGUGUGUGGGAAGAUGUUAUGUUCUCAGAGUUACUGCUGCCAGACAGAGUUUCCAGAGGGCUCAAGACAAAUGGUGGGUGCUUGUACAUACCAUGCUCACCACUGUGGAGCUGGAACUGGAAUUUUCCUCAGAGUGCGAGAGUGCAAAAUCUUACUGUUGUCAGGACGUAUCAAAGGAUGUUUCGUUAACCCUCCCUACCUUGAUGAGUAUGGAGAGACUGACCAGGGCUUGAAGCGUGGCAAUCCCUUGCAUUUGGAUGCUACACAGUACUCACGUUUGCAUACUAUGUGGCUCUCUCAUGCCAUUCCUGACACAAUUGCUCAUACAAUGGAGAGCAAUUCAAGUGUUGUGGCAACUGAAUGGCAGCAUCUCUAAUGGCUCAAUUUGUGUAGGAUUGUAAUAGAUGCCAGAUCAGGGAUAUUUGCUGCUUUUAUAUGGUUCAGUAUACUUGUAUGGCAAAUAGUCUGCUAAGGAUUAUUGUUUCACCACAUUUUGUUAAGACAAUAUGUUUAUUUAGUGGAGUUCUACAGCUAGAAUUGUGUCAGCUCGGUUUGCCUUACUAAGUUUAAUGCUCUUUCUUUUACAACUUAAUUAUACAAUAUAUGUACACUUUAAAUGCAGAUGUAAAAAAAACAAAAGGAACAAGAUACUUACUUCUUUUUCUUUAAAUAUCAUGCCCAAAUAACUUCAUUAAUUAACUAGUUGUGUACUGGUGGUGACUAAAUUAUCAUUUGUCUGUGGUUGUAGCAGCAUCAGUUGCUAACCUUUGUGAAUGUGGAGUUGUAAGUCAGUUGGUGUGUUGAUAGACUGCAGUUUGACCUAAACAAGUAGACUGAAUCUUAACAAACAUACAUAAUCAAAGCUUUAGAUAGAUUUUGAAAUUACUAAAUGCGUAAAAGGAGGAGAAAAUUGUUACUACUGUCAUGUAUGUACAGAAUGUAAAGCAUAGAAUUAAGAGUUUUGGUAUACUACUGUCAUAGAUUGUUGUGGAAAGUGUCAUGUCAUGAAUUCUGCAGUUUGGCAAAAGUCUAAAUAAAAUUUUAGUUUUA